AGCCGCUUGUUUUUUUAAAGUCAGCUAAUGCCUGACACGACUGGAACCAUAACGUAUCCGUGAGCACAGGGGAAUGUGUUAUUAUCAGCUCUUGUAGCUUAUUUCCAUGUUUUGUUUUCAGCUCAGUAAUUACUCCCACUGGUGAGCAUUUCCCUAGCUUAUCAGUUGACGACACACCAUUUAAAAUCUGUUGCGCAGAACAAAUGCGAAGCAAUUCUCUCUUCAGUUUUUGCCUUGAUUUUUUUUCACUGACUGAAGGAAAAGAAGUACAAUCCUACGGUCUCUUAGCAACAGGAGGAAGGUCCUUGCAACACGUCACAUUUUUGACAGAGAUUUUCUAUUGACUUCUUAAUUCUCUACCAACCGUUAUAUGUUCUGUUGAGGUUGAGGAGUACGAUGUGUGACUCUAAUGCUUUUAAUUUGCAGAUAUUUGCUGUAUUUUUUGUUGGGUUGCUUAUUCCUCCUUAUCUUAUUCAAAUGUGUCUUCAUUAAUUCCUAAUACUUUGGCUGGUCUCUCCUGUGGCAGCAUACAGUCCGCCCCAGACCUCAACCUGCCUUAUGUCAUUCCCUUGGGUGGGACAGAGCUACUCUUUCUCCGUCACUUAGAAGCUGAUAUCUUUGAAGCGGCUAGGUCUGCAUGAGGUUAGGCUGAGUCAGGGAUUCAAGAGUCCGAGUUUGUUAUAACCCUGUUGAGUGUGUACAGUAGCAUUUCUGGAGCAGACACCAUGGAUACAGUAAAGAAUGGAGGAUGUCAGCCUGUCUACAGUCGCUGGUCAUACAGACCCUCCAGCUCGGCCAGCUUCUCUUCUAAUUCAUUGGAAAGUGGAAUCAAAGAUGAAAAUGCCAGUCUUAUGCAACAAAAACUGAAAAAACAGAGGGCCUUACUGGAACAGAAGCAGCGACGGAAGCGCCAAGAGCCCCUCAUGGUUCAGCCCAACACAGAAGCCAGGCCUCGGCGAACCAGAACACGCUGCGGAGAGGAGCAGGCUCCUUUGGUCGAGUCCCACCAGAAUAUAACCAGAGAUGCCAUCAUAGACGGUAUAGACGGACCUGCUGCCAUUUUGGGUUCAGAAACCACUGAAGUUGGAAGAACGCUUCAAAUCGUGUCAGUGGGCCACUCUCAACAUCAGCCUGAGCCACAGAGUCAGCCCCAGUCCCCUUCAGCAAAUGAGCCCGACGGGGAUGGAGACACAGAAUCACUACUGGAACCCAAAACCAACAUACAGGAACUUCUACAGAAACAAGGGCUGUCUGACACUAUGAACUUUGAUGAAGCCAGUGAGCAUGAGGACGAUUUAGAAGAUGGACAGACACAUUCUCUGUCGCCCCAGGCAGACGCCAACAGGCCGGCGUCUGCGGCUAGUGGGAAGGACAUCCCAGAGCUUGGAAGCCCUGAGUCCCCCUUAUCAGACAGUUCAGUGAUGGAUGUGGCUAAUCUAGAGGAGUUUGUGUUGCGUCCUGCACCUCGGGGGACCACUGUGAAAUGUAGAAUCUCACGAGACAAGAAAGGCAUGGACCGAGGUCUGUACCCCACUUACUUCAUGCACAUGGAGAGAGAGGAUGGUAAAAAAGUUUUUCUUCUAGCUGGAAGGAAGAGGAAGAAGAGUAAGACAUCCAACUACCUUAUCUCUGUAGAUGCCACAGACUUGUCUCGUGAGGGAGAGAGCUUUAUUGGUAAACUGAGGUCCAACCUUAUGGGCACCAAAUUUACAGUUUAUGACAAUGGGACAAAUCCUUGCAAAACGCCUGGAGCACUGCUUGAAGAGAGUAACAAACGACAAGAACUGGCUGCCAUAUGUUACGAGACCAAUGUACUAGGAUUCAAAGGGCCACGCAAGAUGACUGUUAUUAUACCAGGCAUGAAUUUGGACUUUAAAAGAAAGCCAGUGAGACCUCAAAGUGAGCAGGAGAGCCUACUGAGCCGAUGGCAAAACCACUCAAUAGAGGAUCUCGUAGAGCUGCACAACAAGGCCCCAGUGUGGAAUGAUGACACUCAGUCUUAUGUGCUAAACUUCCACGGCCGCGUCACUCAAGCUUCAGUUAAGAACUUCCAAAUUGUUCAUGACAAUGACCCGGAUUACAUCGUCAUGCAGUUUGGCAGAGUAGCUGAAGACAUUUUCACCCUGGACUACAAUUAUCCUAUGUGUGCUCUUCAAGCCUUUGCGAUUGGCCUGUCCAGCUUUGACAGCAAGUUAGCAUGUGAAUGAAUGAACUCAACUUCACAUUCAGGGUCCUGUGGUAGAACUUUUGGAAUAAGCCGGAAACGAGGACAAGAACGCACAUCCACAUUUAAAAGAAAGGAGAAAUAAAACAGGUCCUUUAAUCAAGCAUUGAGAUACUUUAUGUCAUAAAACUGUACGGUCCAUCGAUUUCACAGGGAUUUUCCUUGAGCUGUGUGCAGUAUUCAGGGUAUACACUGUAAAUGUACAAACACACACAAAAGGAGAGAAACAGUUUAUGCUGUGCUGCUGGAGACAAGUGCUCUUUUAAACAUGUAGAGAAACAAUCAUGUUCAAUUGUGUGACUCAAAGUUAUUUCUGGUCUGGUAGCAUCUGAUGUUUCUGAUUUAAAUAGAUGCAUCCAAAUUAUUAUUACACUAACGUCAACUCUAGUGUAGGCUGUGUGUAGUUUAAACCAUGCAUAAUUGGUAUGGUUCACCAUACCAACAGAAACUAUACACUAAGUGAAAAUAUCAUGUCCUUUUUCAUUUUGUAAUAGAAACCAAAACUCAACAUUGUAUUAAUAAUGUAACUGCCUGCCUUGUUGUUACUUAAUUUGCCAUUUAUUGGUCUAAAUUUGACUGCCUUUUGUCUUAAGUGUGAUGUGGAUAACCUGAUUUUUAAUGUCUGUGUUUUACAAGUGUGUUUUUUUAAUCUAAGUUUGCUAUUGUGGGGAAAAUGCAGAUUUGCACAGAUAUAGAUAUGUAUAGAUAUGUAUAUGUACAAAGUAUUUUAUCUGAUAUAUAGGCAAGUACUAUAAUGUCAUGUUUAUGUAACUGAAUAAGCAAAAUAAAAUGUCUAAUUU